AUGGGAGAUUUUUCAGACGAUGUUGAAACUUCCGAAAACAUAAGCCGAGUGAGACCUUCAUUAGCUCAAGUAAAAGUUGUGGUAGAAUUCAUGGAAAAACACCCGGACAUAGCUAACCGCAAACAAAGAGAUGGCAUGAGCCAUGAAAAGUUUAAAGCGUUAUGGACAGAGUUAGCUAAUAUUGCUAAUGGUUUAGAAGGUGCUACAAAGUCAAUGAAAGGUUGGAUCAAGUUUUGGUCAGAUAAAAGAAGGAGUGUGGUUAUAAGGCAAAAACAUAUUAAUGAGGGCAGAACUAAUGACAUUCUGAGUCCUUUAGAACUAAAAAUUUUAGACAUCUGUUCUAAUAGCAAACAUACAAUAAAUAAAAGAAAGAACUCAUUUAAGCAAGAGACUUGUAAUGGAGAUGAUGAUUCACUUGAAAAUAUACUUAGGAAGGAAGAUGAGGAUUUGGAAUAUACAACAAAUAGAGAUCAAAUGAUGUCUACAGAAGCAGAUGAAAGACAUUUAAACAUGAUGGAGAAAUUAGUAGAAGUAAUGGAUCAGCAGACUUCUGCUAUGUCACGAAUGGCAGAGGCAACUCUAAGUAAUUCAAAAGCUCUGGAACGGAUAGCAGAUGCCUCACAUAAGCAGGCAAUUGCGGUGGAUAGACUGGCCAGCACCUUUGAGAAUAUUAACGCUGCUGUGUUCGACAUUAGAAAUGCUAUAAUGAGCAUCGACUAUACAAUGAAAAGAUGCUACACCACAACAUCCGUACAGCAAAGGCAGAACUCGAAUAUUUUCGUUUGA